AUGACUGCCGGAAAACCAGGGGUGAAACGGAAACAAGGGCAGCUUCCAUUACCCUCGCGCAAGAAGACCAAGACUGUACAUCUGACUACCGACGAUCUUCCAUGGAAGACCAUUUCCCGACCCAAGGAGGCAGACUUAGGCGACGGUUUCGAUGGUUUACUGGAAUUGGAGGAGGUAGACGACGUGCAAGUUGUGUAUGAAGAGACAGAGGGAGGGAAGGUUGUCAAGUUUAAGGUCGCAGGAGAAAAGUCCGAGGAAGAUGAGAGAGGGGCAGCGCCUUCGGAGGAUAUGACAGUGCUAGAUGAAGAGUCUCCAGAAGGAGAGGGCUCAGAGACCGUGCCAGACCUGCCUGAAGAAUCGUUUGACUCAGAGAGCAAGAUGCCCAACUGGCACCCAUUCUCUCUCCAUCCCAGAUUAUUUCGCGCAUUACACUCUGAACAAUUUCUGACCCCCACGCCAAUACAAGCAGCCGCCCUUCCGCUUGCUCUGAAAGGGAGGGAUGUCGUUGGCGUAGCGGAAACCGGGUCCGGGAAAACGCUGGCGUAUGGUUUGCCCAUUUUGCACUAUCUACUGAUGCAAGCCACACAUACGGCUGGAAAAACUGCCCAGAGUAGAAGAGAGCUACGCGCUCUCAUCCUUGCUCCGACGCGCGAACUUGCACUCCAGGUCUCGUCUCAUCUAAACACCUGUCUCAAUCACCUGGCUGCAGAAUCAUCAAGUGCAAGUGGAGACAACAAGGCCCAAGAGACGGACCAGGGCAGCUCAGUCCCGGCGGACGCAGAAACGAGUGAAGGGCAAGGCCGGAAGAAAGGAAAGGUGAAGCAAAAACGACAAUCAGGAGAUGUCACCGCGGGACCGAAGGUGCCGCCGCUCGUGAGCGUAGUGGCGAUUGUGGGUGGGAUGUCAGCACAAAAGCAGCGGCGUCUCCUCUCGCGGGGUGUUGAUGUUCUCGUUGCUACUCCUGGGCGGCUUUGGGAUAUCAUACAAGAGGAUGACGAGUUGGCGAACCAGAUUGAGAAGCUCAGAUUUCUUGUUCUCGAUGAGGCGGAUCGCAUGAUCGAAGCUGGACAUUUCGCGGAGAUGGAAAACAUCCUGCGGCUCACGCUGCGCCAAGCAGAAGACGACGAAGUCGAGCCUGUGCCAGAUAUGGGCCUCGGAGCUGCUGAGAGGGAGGACGCCGAAGAUAGCAAGCAGGGUGUCAAGGAGGGCGAGAUGCAGACGUUCGUGUUCUCAGCGACACUCAGUAAGGAUCUGCAACGCAAUCUAAAAAAGAGGGCGCGGCCUACAAAGAGGAGGAAUGACAAACCGGCCUCUACGCUUGACGACCUGCUUAUGCGGCUUGACUUCCGCGAUCCCUCGCCUGCGGUUAUUGACCUGAGCCCUGAAGGCGGGGUGGUAGCUACCCUGCAGGAAAGCAAGAUUGAGUGUCUUUCGAGCGAUAAGGAUGCAUAUCUGUACUAUUUCCUACUCAGAUACCCAGGCCGAACGCUGGUGUUCCUCUCAGCUAUCGACGGCAUCCGAAGAUUACUUCCACUUAUGGAUCUUCUCGGAUUACCAGCCUUUCCCUUGCAUUCACAACUGGAGCAGCGGCAGCGAUUGAAGAACCUUGAUCGAUUCAAAUCGACUCCUCAUGGUGUCCUCCUAGCGACGGACGUUGCAGCCCGUGGGCUGGAUAUUCCUGCGGUCGAUCACGUCGUACACUACCAGGCUCCCCGCACGGCUGACGCGUACGUGCACCGCAAUGGGCGAACCGCGCGCGCGAUGCGGCGCGGUUUCAGUCUCCUGAUGUGUGCGCCGGACGAGCGCAAAAUCGUCCGCGCGUUGAUGCGCAGUCUCGGCAGGCAAGAUGAGAUUCCCGAGAUGCCGAUGGAGCUUCAUAUGCUCGACAAGCUGAAGGCACGCACCCAGCUGGCGCGCCAGAUCGACUCUGCGCAGCACAAGGUGCGAAAAGAGAACCACGAUCGCAACUGGCUGAAAGAGGCGGCGGAGGCUAUGGAGAUUGAGCUGGACUCUGACUUCGCGAGUGCAUCCGAGGGGGAAGGCGAAGGUGCGCCGUCCAAGCGAGUGCGCAAGGCCACGAACGCGAAGACGGCGGCGAUGAAAGCCGAGCUCAAGCAGCUACUUGCUCAGCCCCUCGUCGCGCGUGGCGUGUCGACGCGGUAUAUCACGUCUGGCAGCACAUCUAUCGCGGACGACAUGCUCGCGGGUGAAUACCAUGAAACUAUGGUUGGACUGAAGAAGGUGGAAGCGGGUAGCGAUUUGGUACCCGUAAAGAAGCGCAAGAAGUCGAAGGUGAAGGCAGAGGUUGAGGAGUGGAAUGGAUUCAGCUCUGAAAACUGA